GAGGACACACUAUGUAUCUCUUUCUCAGUUUCUCAAGUCUUUGGAUUAGAGUGCCAAAAUGGAUCACCGCAGCUCCAAACCCUCUUCAAAUUCAAACCAAGUUCUCAGGGAGAGAGAAGGCGGAAAGGAGGAUCCCAGUGCAGCACGAAAGGUUCUCAAGGCAGACCGCGAGAAACUCAGAAGGGAUCGACUCAAUGAGCACUUCCAAGACUUGGCAAACACGUUAGAUCCUGAUAGACCAAAGAAUGACAAGGCAACUAUCCUCACCGAGACCAUCCAAAUGCUAAAGGACUUAACCGCCGAAGUUAAUAAGCUUAAAACAGGGCAUAAAGCACUUUCUGAAGAAUCACGUGAACUAAUGCAAGAAAAGAAUGAACUCAGAGAAGAGAUGACAUCUAUAAAAUCUGAUAUAGACAAUCUUAAUGCCCAGUACCAGCAGAGGGUGAGAAUCAUGUUCCCAUGGGCUGCAAUUGACCAUUCUGUUGUCAUUAGUCAACCUUACUCGUAUCCAGUUCCUAUUCCUAUCCCUCCUGCUCCAAUUUCCAUCCACCCUUCUCUUCAACCUUUUCCUUUCUUUGGAAAUCAAAACCCUGGUCCCAUGGCUAAUCCUUGUCCAAUGUAUGUCCCAUAUUCAACUCCAACUAAUCCACCAGUUGAGCUGCCAUCAGCUCUGUGUGCUUCCACGUCCCACGUGUCGAACCAUAAAGAAUCCCGAAGCAAGUCACCAGCUCAUGGAAGGCCCGGUGAUGCUGAAAGGUGUAGUGAGUCCCAUGAUGUGGCCACAGAGCUUGAACUUAAGAUGCCUGGAUCAUCAUCAACACAACAGGAUUGCAUUUCUGGAGGAAGGAAGGGCAAGCAUUCAGUUAUGAAAAACAGAACAAUCCUAGGUGGGAGUGCUUCAAGUCAGUAUUCUUCGUCUCAAGGACUUCAGGAUAGCUCCAACAGCGUGGGUGACAUCCCAAAGACUGAUAAUUGAUAUUGCAUAUGGCUUCUUGUACCAUUUGACCACGUCAUAUAUAUAUAUAUAUAUAUAUAUAUAUAUAACACUUUCCAGUUAUACUUGUUCCUUGGUCUGAGCAUAAUUUGGCAAUAGAUUCUAUCAUUUCUGAAACAAAAUGAUGACCUAUGGAACGGUUCUUACCCUGACAAGAGAAAAAUCUGAAAGAUGUUUAGUAUAGAUGUAUAUUCCUAAGUUAAUUAUCACAGCAUCGGAAUCCCUAUAUGUAGGUUACAAACUACUCACAAUAAACUCAUCUUGGAGCAAUUUGAGUGCUUGAGAAAUGAAAACCUCCCAGAGAAUGUAAAUAUAGAUUAACAUGCUAGUAAUAUAGAUUAUCGGUAUACUUGAUGCAAAAGUGGGUGAAUUGUUCUAUUUGAGAUUUUGUUGCCUAUUUUUAUGAUCUUCUGGUACUUGGACCCAAGUCAUUUUGUUUAAUAACUG